AUGAAGGAAUCAAAGCUUUGGGAAGCAGCUUUAGAAUCGGCAAUUUUAAUAGGACUACCAAUAUUUUCAAGUCCACUCUCUCCUCUUAGUAUAUCAAAAAUUCCUGCAAGUAUCGCUUUCAACACGAAACAUCUAUGCUUAGCACUAUUGGUCAGCGCUUUUACAAUAGUCGCAUUCUCAAUCCUAGUUCGAAAAAUGACUCCUAAAAUCCGAGUACGAUCUAAGGUUGGUACGCCAAUUAUCAUAAGAACCGCAGCAACGCAUAAAAAAGUAAGAUGUAAUUGGCCAAAGGCCCUGCAAAGACCACUAAGGCCUGUUGCUUUAAAGAUUUGCGAUAGAAAGAUUUGUCUUUUCCUUUACCCAUAUUACGCAUCUUUUCUAGGUAACCUCCAGCCUAAGGGGUAUCCGCAAAGCUUUUACAAAUCUAUUCAUAUAGCAAUUAACCUAGAUGGCUCUGUGACAGUAAUGGAUGAUGGCCGUGGAACAAAUUUGAAAACAUUACUAAAAAUGUGA